AUGGAGUGUGCCUUAUGCAAUGUAUCCAUCAGUGACGGAGCCCAGUGUUCAGUAUGUAAGAAGGACAUCGGUUUUUGCUGUGCGGACACCACGGAGCAAAGCUUUAGGAAACUUAGAGGAGACCGGAAGGCAGUCUGGAAGUGCCCCAAAUGUAAAAGGGAAGCUUUGCCGGCGGUGGCAGCCGUAGCGAAACACACAGACGCGUCAGAUACCAUCUUAAAUGAAAUUCGGGACUUGAGAAAAGAACUAGCAUGCCUGCCUGGAUUGGUUAGGGAUAUGGCAACCGUGAAAUCGGAAUUAUCGGAAGUGAAGGAAUCCUGCAAUUUCACUAGCAACAAGGUUGAGGAAUUUUCUGCGCGCCUAGCCGAAAUGGAAAGAAAGCUGCCGGAAGUUGAAGCCCUGAAUUCCACAGUCCAGUCGCUGACCAAUGAAGUAUCGUGGUUGAAAGAAGAACUUGCGCGUAAUGACCAACUAAUGCGACUCAAUAACGUGGAAAUUAAAGGUGUUCCUGUGAAAAAGAACGAGAACUUGUACAAUAUCUUGGACAGAAUUUGCUCGGAGAUUGACUAUGGCGUCGACAAGAAUAGUAUUAACUAUAUUUCGCGUGUGCCAAUUCAGAAUUCUAAGGACAAGCUAAUUGUUGUCAGUUUCAGCAAUCGCUACAUUAAAGAAGACUUCAUAGCAUCAGCGAGACUCAAAAAGAGCAUCUCCGCCGAGGAUAUUGGUUUUCAGGGGGUUACCCACAGAGUAUAUGUGAAUGAUCACCUGACGCCUAGCAACAAGAAACUUCUAACAUCUACAAAGACUCAAUUAAAGCAAAAGGGUUAUGCGUAUAUAUGGGUCAAAUAUAGUAAAAUCCACGUACGCAAGGACGAUAAUUCCAGAGUUUUGACUAUGAACCAUGAACGUGAUUUAAACAAAUUGCUUUAA